AUGUCUAAACUUCUUCAAUCACCUUCCAAAGACUUCAUUCUACCCAUGAAUAUAACGGAAGAGCUAGAGAAAUACGAUUACGCAACAAAGCAAAAGUUCGGGUCGUAUUGUCUUAUUUAUGAACAUUUUGACACUAACGAGUGGUACGAAUUUAAGGAUUGCGAUUUCGAAGCCAAACUCGAAGAAAUUAUCCCGAAAGUUUCAAUUCAAAAAGUAUUAGUUUUAUGCGAAAGACAUUUAGAUUAUCUUCACGUCUUCUUGAAUUUCUUUGCAACAAUUAAUCAAAAACAAUACCCUCCAAAGCAUUUUAUUCCAUUCUUAAUUAGCAUCGUCCCCUUGUUACCCAUUAAGUGGAUUUCUAAAUUUGCACUUCAUAUCGAUGAUGUUCGCUACACUUAUUUAUUCCUUACUGCAGCAUUUAAUAGCUGUAUCAUGGUUAAACCUGGUCUUUUGCAAUUGUUGCAGAGGAAUCAAGAAAUCUGGGAUAAAUACGUAAAGCGCUAUAAAAUCGAGGGCUCCGAGCAUUACGUAACAAUUUUGCAGCAUCUUGUAGAAUACAGAACCGCUUGCAAAGAACUCAUUGACUACAAGAUCGAAUACAAAUUGGCAGAUUAUCUCAAAUGCGAUAAAGAAGAGUUUAUGCUUAAGAUGGUCCGCCAAUCAGAUUCCCCUGUCAAGUUCUUAAAGGUGCUGAAAGCCCAGAUUAUCCCUUAUUGCCAAGCAAAUCAACUCGAUGUAGAGUCGCUUAUCGUUAAAGGCAUUCCCAAGAAAUCAUACGAUGUACCAUCCAAGCUAAAGAUCCUUUCCGACUACGUUAGUACAUUAAGACUUCGUUCUCAAUUCAUCUCCGAUAUGACUUACACGUCCGACGAAGAACUACAGCAGAUCAAGGACUACGCCAAGCAGAACAACUUGGCCUACGAACCAAAUCCCCACGUUGUCGAGUCCUUCGAGAACAAGCCAAGAAUGGCAUUCCGCGCAAGAUCCGGAUCCAUUGGCCUGAUGCUCCCCAGUACAACAGGCGGCGCAAAUAUUCCUGCCGCUCGUUUGAACACCAGCUCUUCAAAAGCCGGACCACUUAAGCCUCCAACGAGAUCUGACGGAUGGAAACGUUCCCCGUCAAUUGAACUCGAAAAGAACAAAGGCAGCAACGAUAACUACUCUAUUAUCGCUGAUGGAAAGGCUGAUAAUCCAGCUGCUUACGCCGAAAGACUCCAUAAAUUCAGAAAUUCAAAGGAAAUCCGCCCAAUUUACGACUUGGCCGAAACGUACGCUAUCGUUGUUUCAUACGAUGACUUCCAAGAAACGUCAACCCGUAUCAAACUGUUCGAUCAGCUCAUAAAACAAGAUGGAUGGGAUAACUUCACGACAAUUUGCCAAGUUCUUACGAUCCAACCAUCUGAUUUAUUCGAGCACUUAAAUACUACCGACAAAUACUUCAAUUGCGGAAAAGAUAUUCUUCCAAAACUUUUGAAUAUUACGGAUCGCUGGAACUCCUCGCAGUUUAUUAAAUACCUCGAUACAGCUGUAAACAACUUCUGGGCAAAUCUGCCAUUCACGGAGUUCGCAGAGCUCUGGAUCAACGCUUUACAAAAUAUCUAUACAAAAGUCAAGCCAGAAUCAGUCGACUACAUCGUAUUCCUCUCCAGAGUUGUUAAUACAGCACAAUUCCUUACAGACGCUACUCAACAACGCACUUUAAUUAACGAAUAUCAAAAAGGAAGAACUCUUGAAGAACUCGCACAUAUUCUUACAGAUUUCGGUCAAGAACAAGCUGCUAAGUUCAUUAACAAGAAGAUCGCGAACUAUUCUGAAGCACAAUUCAUAGAAGACUACACAUCAAAAGAUAUUCGACUCGUUUCUACCGCCGUUUUACAAAUCCGCUUCAUGGAAGAUAAGCAAGCAGCUGUGACAAUAUUACAGCACCUAAUUCCAAAGGUUGACGGUCAGGAAUAUACUCUUAUUGCUUAUGCCUACGCUUUACUCUACGAUCUUGACUUCCCAUGCCAGAGCCAGUUGGAUAUCCUUAACAAGCUUCACUCUGGAGCCAAAGUUUUCGUUAAUUUCCACGAAUUGAUCGCAAAUCCACUUGAAACUCUUCAAGCAGCGACAAAUACUGAUACUAUCCAAGGUAUUCUUCCUAUCGCCAAGGCAAUGAACAUCAAUGAAGAUAAACUUGUCGUUCAUGUUAUGACAAAUAAGAUGAACUCGCAGUAUUUCGAUGAUUACAAGCAGUACGUUAAGCUUCUCCGCCAGAAGUCACAGGAAGAACUCAUAAAAGUCGUUGUUCCUCGUCUGAAACCCGAAGAACAACCACAAUUCUUCCAAUCCCUUGGCAUGGUCGAACAACAACGUAAGAUUCAGACAAUUUCCGACCUUUCCAACAAUGGAUUGAGUGAAUUCUCUACAUCAGAGCUCUUGAACAACCCGAAGAAAUUAAUUAUCGAAUUAUACAACAAAACCGCUCUUCAAGAUCAACUCGGAAAGCGUCUACACAAGAUAGUAGAAAGAAUAGCAUCGAGAUAUUCCAUAAAUCCGAAGGUUUACAAGCCAGAAAUCAUCAAACCAUGGCUUUCCGCCGAAUAUCCACCAUUUGAAGAGUCAAAGAACAUCUUGGAUCCAAACUCAACCGAGCAGCUCUACGCAGCGGACAAGAGCGCUGUCCAACAAGCACUUUUCGUGUUGAGAACAUGGACAAUUUUGGAUUCUCUUUCAUGGGUGAAGCGGUUCAUCGAAGAAGAGGGAAUUCCAUACAGAGCCAAGGCCAGAGGCAUUGCCUGUUUGUUCUCUAUUGGCGAUUUGGUCACAUUACAAAAGACAUUCGGAGAUAUCGAGACUCUCAACGCCGAAUACAAGUAUACGAUACUUGCAGCCCACUGCCAGGCAUUUGGACACGAUUUCACGCCAGAACAAAUGCAUCCUGACAAGAUUGAAGAGACAUUUAAGGAACUUCAAGAUCCAUGGGCACAAAGCAUCAGAUCCGCUGUUUUCCUCGAUAGAGAUGAUGAACUCAUUCCUUUAUUCACCAAAUUGGCCGAAGGAAGAAAGUUCCAAUGUUUGCAAUUAAUUGCAAGGGUCCAAAGCCAAAGAGUUAUACUGGAUAAAUCAGUAUCUGAGGCACUGAUCCUGUCUAUCUCAGAAGCAUUCGAAUCCCUGCUAAGGAAAGACGAUGGAACUAAAGCUGCAAAAUCCAGACAGCAAAAGAUCCUCAGAACCGUAUUCAGAGUCAUGUCAAUAAUCCCGCAGUUCGAUUACGUCAUCAUAAAUGGCCAGCAUACUCCGCUUGAAGAUGCCAUGAAAUUAUUGAUCUCGUCCGGACUUUCUGUUUACGCCGCUGAUAUCACCUCCCACAUGACUGAAUUAAAGACAAGAAGAAGAGGCAUUUAUUCGCUCGUAAGAAACGGAUGCUACGAUUUGGCUUUAGAAUACGGUUUCCCAUCGGAGCAAAUCUUCGAAAUCAUCCUCGAGACAGAUCUCAAGGCCGCAACAGAGACAAUGGUCGACAACUCCUUCAUUCAGUUCACAAAUUGGAUGUACAGACAAGGAGACAAAGCACAUCUUAAAGAGGUCAAGAACUACUUGAAAGACCAAGGAAGAACUAGAGAAAUAAAGAGAAUGAAGGAAAGAUUUGCAAAGAUCGAUGCGGAGAACGAAAAAUAA